CUUCCAUGGCGGCUGAAACCUGAAAAAGGAACCCAAGAGUCUUCAAACCCUACCUAAAUGGCCUUCAUGUCCACAUGCUUUACUGUAACUACCAAGUCUCAUUCCAUCGUCUUCUCAUCAAAACCCUCAAUCUUACUAAAGCCUUCUCAAUUCCACACUUUGCCGUCACAAACCCCAUUAAAUCUCAGUAGGACAUCAAAUUUUCGUUGCAGUAAAGGAUUUGGCCAUGUAAUUAGGGCGAGUGUCGAUGUUUCGACUUCCGCGGUAAAGCCAGGAGGUACGGUCGAGAGCGAUAAACUGCCGUCAGAUGUUCGGAAGAGAGCGAUGGAUGCUGUUGAUGCGUGUGGAGGUAGGGUCACCAUUGGCGAUGUGGCAGGCAAAGCUGGGCUCAAGUUGAACGAAGCGCAAAAGGCUUUGCAGGCUCUUGCUGCUGAUACUAAUGGCUUCUUGGAGGUAUCAGACGAAGGUGAUGUUCUAUAUGUUUUUCCGAAGAAUUAUCGCUCAAACCUUACUGCCAAGUCUUUUAAGAUUAAAAUUGAGCCUUUGUUGGAAAAAGGGAAGUUGGCAGCUGAGUAUGUGGUGAGGGUUUCCUUCGGAACAGCAUUAAUUGCUUCUAUUGUCAUUGUUUAUACCACAAUCAUUGCUAUCCUCUCAAGUAGAAGUGAUGAAGACAAUCGUGGAAGACGCGGAGGCAGAUCUUAUGAUACGGGUUUCAAUUUUUACUUCAGUCCAACUGAUUUGUUUUGGUACUGGGAUCCAUAUUAUUAUAGGAGGCGACGAGUACGAAAAGAUGAUGGUGGGAUGAACUUCAUUGAAUCUGUUUUCUCAUUUGUAUUUGGGGAUGGUGAUCCAAAUCAAGGUAUUGAAGAAGAGAGGUGGAAGUUGAUUGGACAAUACAUAACAUCAAAUGGCGGUGUUGUUACAGCUGAAGAACUUGCUCCAUAUCUUGAUGUAGAAAUGGCAGAGAAAAUGAAUGAUGACUCAUUCAUACUACCUGUGCUUUUGCGGUUUGACGGUCAGCCAGAAGUGGAUGAGGAGGGAAAUAUUCUGUACCGGUUUCCAUCACUACAACGUACAGCUGGUCCACAGAGGAGUGGAAGGAAGGAAUAUGUUGGUAGAAGAUGGGCUGAUUGGGUUGGAGGGAUUGAGAAGUUUUUUAGGGAGAAGAAAUGGCAGUUCAGUAAAACUAGCAGUUCAGAGAGGGCAAUGGUCAUUGGUUUGGGUGGGCUUAAUCUCUUUGGAGUUAUUAUUCUUGGUACCAUGUUGAAGAAUAUGACAGUUACACCAAGCGGAUUUAUCACAUUUGUGUCUGAAAUAUUUCCUCUACUUCAGAUCUAUGCUGGUUCUUUUUUUGCAAUUCCUUUGGUCCGGUGGUUCUUUGUCCGCAAGACCAAUGCUGGAAUAGAAAAGAGGAACCAAGCAAGAGAACUACGUGCCCAGGCACUUGAAUUGCCAGAUCUCUCUCUAAGGCGGAAGCUGCUGAGCGCUCGAGACAUGGCCCAGAAGACAUUCAUUGGUCGGGAUCGGAUUGUGUAUAGUACUGACCGGGACUUGUACGAGCAAGAUUACGAUGCCAAAGAAUGGGAUCAGAGAUUCAGGGAGAUCGAGAAGCCUGAUUGAAGAGAUCAUGUGAAUUUGUAAUAUAUUUCUCGUCUAAUAUAUUUUUUUGUGUCAAUUGUUGUCAGUCAUCGACGAAAAUGACUACAUUUUGAUGAUGCUUUGUAUGUUUUUGCCCAUGAAAGAGCAGUGUAGCGUGUGACGGGAUAAUUAUAAUAAAAUGCAUGCCUUUUCUUUGCCUUUA